CAAGAAAAGAAAAAGAGCAUCUCAAAAAAGAAAAGGAAAAAGGAGAGAGCGAAGGGGAACAGGAAGCGCCGCCGCCGCCGCCGCCGCCGCCGCCGCGAUGGAUCUCGACGCGCUCCCCGACCGCCAUCUUCUCUCUCUGGAGCAGGCCGUCAUGCUCACCGACACCGACCGCGCCCCUCGUCGCGUCGUCGUCCUCUCCGUCGAGGUGCGUCACGCGCAGCCCAUGCUCGACAUCAUCUCCAGCGGGAUCGAGAAGUACAACUGGAUCACGGUCGAUGGGAACUUGGGAAGGCUCCAUCAGGUAUCUCGUCUUCAUCUCAAGCUCGUCAUCGUCAACGACGUCAUCAUCCCACUCCUGGUCAGCGACCCGACGCAUCAAGCCGCCUCCCGUCUGCUCCUCAAGAUGGGAUGGGCGGUGCGGCACAUCGCUCGGAACGUCGAUUUUCCCCAUGGCGAUCUCUACAGGGCAGCUUCUUCCACUGGCAACCUCCUUCGCCGCCACGGAGCUCACAUCCACAAGGGAACGCGUCAAAUCGAUUGGCUUACUGGUAACAUCCCUGUCCUCCGCGCCCGUAUCCAGGAGCUCAUCACCAUGACUGUUCUUAUCCCAGCAGACGAUGAGGAGGCCGGCGGCCAGGAGGGUGGCGCCGGCCACGAGUAGGUAGCCAUGCCAAAGAUUUGUCCAGCAGUAGUAGGCUUCGAGAUACUUGUUAGUUUUAUGUGAUCGUUCUAUUGGUCCGCAUCUAUGUGUUUAAUGCUGCCCAGUUGGGGUUCUGAAACUUGUCGCUCCAGUUUUAUGUGAUCCUGAUUUCGGCCUGCAUCUAUGGUACUAAUUCGUCACACAGUUUAUUGUUCUUCUGUGUUGAUCUUAUAUUACUAUCCAGUUCUUUUUGCUGUGGAAAUGCUACGAAAUCCCCAAUCCAUGU